AGAAAGUAUAGUCAGUCAGUGCGAGGAACGAAGAGGAGUGAUUCUACUUGCGAGACAACACACACAGUUAAGAUACCAGUCUGAAAGGAAGACCAGAAAAAAAGUUUGAUUUUUCACGCGUAAAAUUUCCCUUGCUAGAGUGGCAGACAGUUUCGGAAAACUAGUGAAAAGUGGGCCCCGUAUCGUAUACAAUCGAAGGAUUGUCGAUUUCAGGAUUAGGUUGGAUUUUCCCGUCCCACAACCAGGACCGUGUGUCGACGCAGGAACAGAGAAAAAUGAAGAGGAUUCGCUGACGAUUUUUCGAUUUAAGGAAACAAUUUAACCAGCAAAUUAGUGACGGGAGAAGAACGUUGGUAUACACGCAGGAAGGGGCGGAGUAUACCUAGAGUGUUUUUACUCUAAUUAUUGUUGCCUCGAAGGGGCGGUUGGAGCCGUACACGAUGACCACUAGUGAUGACCAAUGGCUGAAGGAAGAUGGUUAUCUGAAUGUGGACACCGAUUCGGUCCGGAUUGUGUAUCAUCCAUUUCUUAAUGUGAUUCUGGUGUUUACCCGCUCAAGCGAGGUCAAGGUGUUGGAUGUGAAUUCUGGUGUGAUAUUACAAAGUUAUCGAAUUUCCGAUCAACACCCGCCACGAUGUCGUUACUUACCUGACCAGGACAAGAUACUGUUCUGGAAUGGUCAUAACGUUUCGGUACGAGGGGACUACAACGGUGUGCUGCUGUUGGACACUAUUUUGCAAGCACCCAUCGCCCACGCGGACGACAUUAUCCGGAUAGAGCUACUGUUGUCGGAAGCAGUGUUAUUCCUGCAGUGUCUCCAGAAUCUAGAACAGCACGGGUUAGAAAACACGACGGAUAUGACGAAUGAGUUGACGCUGAAAAUCGGCGAAGCUCAACAGCAUGCAAAACGAGGCAUCAAAGCACAGAAGUGGGAAACGAUUUGUUUGGAGCUACCACACUCUUCUUUACGGAUGGUUGCUGGUGGAAUGGUGAUGCAGCUGAAGCGAUUGGAACGGCACAUCCCUGCACUGGCCAUAGCAUCCGCUAUUAACGAACGUUUGACGGAUCUUCUGCAGGGUGCCCGUGUGACGGAACCAUCAGCACUGAAUCGUUUUCACAUGUUCUCCGAGGCCACCCGAAGGCAAACAUUUGAAGGGUGGCCACACAUGGAUUAUAAAUGGGUCUUGCCAGAUCAGAUGGCGCAGGCCGGUUUUUACCACUAUCCGGGAGAUAACGGAAACGAUGACCGGGCUAUGUGCUUUACGUGCAACGUCUGUUUGGUGUGUUGGGAGAAAACUGAUGAACCAUGGAGUGAACACGAGAGACAUUCACCCGAGUGUCCGUUUGUGAAAGGUGAAUUCACUCAGAAUGUCCCAUUAUCGGUUACAUAUGCCACAAGCCCUGCUGUUUCCACGGGCGGAUUUAGCAUCAUGUCGUCUGGGGACCGUGGAAAUGUGUUCUGCACGGGCAACACCUCAGCUGAUGUAACGGUGUGGAAUGUGGAACGACAAUUGAAGAAAAUCUACGACUUCAAAGUGAAACUGCACCCGGAUAUUCUCACGACGACGUCGAUUAGUCCCACUGCAACUGUUAACGAGAUCGAGUUAACUGCCCUUUCAACGUACUUCGUCAAACCGCUUAUGGGAAUCCCAAAACCCAAAGUUGCUACUCUCUCGCUAAAACCUAAAAUGUUGGGAACAAAAAUCAUAUGUGGCGUCCGAGUGGAAAGCGUCGAACCGGAAAGUGAUCAGGUCGAAACAACGCUACUUCUGAUUGUCUACAACAUCGAGGACGCAAUCUGUUCGGAAGAUAACACGCCUGGGACUGGAAACAACAAGCAAAUAAGUCCAAACUCUCCUGCUUGCCCGCCUGUAAAAAAAACUUCACUCAGUACAAUCGACGAAAAGUACGAGGACAACUUUCUGAAGUUCCUCUCGGAUAACCCGGACUCGCAGCUACAGGAAUCUAUCGACAAGUUAAUCUGUAUGGACGCCCUAAAGAAGACCGAAAGUCAGCUCAGCCAACAAUUCGGUGCCAAGUUGGACGAUACGUUAAGCAAACUAAUCAAAGCUUCCUCUUCAUCAUCAACUGUCGGUUCGACGGAAAAGUUAGCUGUGAACGAUUUCUCAACACCUGCCAAAUCCUUGCCAAUGAGUUUAAACUUGGGCUCUACCAAGGGACCAACAAGCAUACUUUUCCCGGCAUCAGACCAAUUUAUUAGCGGAUCGUCGUCCACGCAGCUGCUUUCGGUUAAAACUUCCGUACCGGACAGUGUCAGUAGCGGAGGUAUCAGUGCGAACGUAUCAACUUUACUCUCGACAGCAUCCAGUCUGUUCUCGGCAAACUGUGACAUAAGCUGCAUUCCGUUGCAGUAUAUCGAAAUUCCGGAUAUGGAAACGCACCGACACUAUCGUAUAGGGGAAAUCGUUCCUUCCAGUGAUAACAAACAUUUGCUGGUAGUGCUACAGGCAAACCAGGAGGGUGAUGAUAAUGAUUCUAGCAUGGUUGAGAAAACUUCAGAUGAACAACAGGAAGGCCAAGACGAAGAAAUACCAGAGGUCAUUGAAAUUGAAGACUAUGGAAGUGAAUGGAAAACAUUGUUACUAUUGUACAAUUUGAAUGAGGAAGGUUUAGUUAAAUCGGACGAGCCGCUCGAGAAAGUUUUAUCCAAAGUUGAGACACCCGUGGAAAUAGUUAUGUUGCCAAGAUGUGAUAGCAGCGGACGUAGUUUUGGAGGUCCGGACACGGAGAAUGGUAUCUUUGUUAUGACCUGUGCAGAUGGAAAGUUGAGAGUCGUUUCGUUGAAAACACUAAACAUUAUUUCGGAAGCAAGCAUCAAAGAUGAACGUUUUGUAUCAGCGACCUACUGCAAAAGCUUGGAACGGUUGUGCGGCUGUACUGCUAAAGGUUGUCUACAUUUCUAUUCGUUCUAUGAUCUGGAUGCUGAUUCCAGUGACGAGCGAGAUGACGACGUGUCUUGUAUGAUCAGUGGCAAUGGCAAGCUAAGCACGGAAACCGAACAAAUACAGUGUAGUUUGGAGGCUGCUGGAUCUUCGAUGACUACUUCUGCAAAUUUGCUGAAGUAUGAAGCAACUCCAUCGACAUCUAGUUCACCGGCACAGAUUCCAACUGUGACGGGCAGCAACGCAAAUCCCGCUGGAGAUAUUCACCCCUCGGACGUUCUAUUGGCAUACAAAACGGACGUUUCAAUGAACACGCUGCGAGUGCUGUACUCACUGACACUGUUCAACGAAAUGUUAACACCAUACUCAGCCGAGGUUCCCGGUUGCUGGAGUGAACUGGAGCAAGCCCAGAAGCAGCGACGACAUCCGCAGCAUCUGCGACCCGGUGAUGACACACAUCUCACUAAAACGUGGAGGCUACACAAUGAUGCCACGACGUGGGACGAACACUUGAUCGAGUUGAAUCUUCCCAAGUGCACCUCGCUGGGUCAUAUCGAUUUCAAGUUUUCCCUGUAUCAACCUUGCACGAAUCCACCUGCCAUUCAGGUUACCUUGCUUAAGCAGAAAUCGAUUGGACUUUGUUCACGGCGGAAAACCCAGUCGAUCAAUCGCGUUGAUGAGUCCAUCAAUUUCAACAUCGGUUCAGCCGAUGGAAAAAAUUCGAUCGAAAAUCCCGUGCUCAGUGAGGAAUAUCUGCAGGCAAGAAACGCAGAAAUACUGGUAGGUCCGAUUGAGCUGGCGUCGUGUAUGGACCUUAGCGAACAAGCCGGAUCAGUCACGUUGACCAGCCCAAAGCUGCUUAAAUCCAAAGGGCGCAACUAUCUGCUUCACAUCAAAACUAUGACCGACCUUUCCAAGGAUGGGCAAACCAAAACAAGAGUUCCAGUGCGUAAGAAGGGCAUAACCAGUAUCCUGCUAACAUCAUUCGCAAAUAUAUCGCAACAAAAUCACACCACAGCUACGAACCACGCGACCACUGCGACGGCGGGGAAUGCGGGCAAGGACGGCAUCAGCUUCUUCCCCGACUCCGCCGGCCCUAACAAGACGCGCAAAAAUGACUUUUACAUAGGUUGCGAUUGGUUGAACGAGAUAUCAGUAACAGUGCGAUCGACCCGGCAAGUAUACAAAAUCGAGAACGAACGAGCCCAACGACUGGCCAUGCUAGACUCCAAUCUGCUACUGGAAAAUUUGCUCAAACUGCUCUACGGUGAGGAUGAAUCGCUUCAAAUGCAGCAGAAUGUUGUCCUCGAUGUGCUCAUUUGGAUCGUUUCGAUUCGUCUGGUGCGGUACCGCUAUCCGAAGAACCCGUUCGCCAAGAAAAUUCUUCCGACGGAGAUCAAAGACGUGGCAUCGAGCGAUGUCAACAUUCAGCAGUCCGAGUGCGUUCAAAUCAUCGAACGGCACCUGGAGGAGAUUAUCAGACACUGCGUGGUACUAGGCAAUCGCAGCAUCGCACAUAAAUGCGUCAAGCUCGUCAGCGUGGCGUUGGAAGGUGCCCAGAACAUGAUCGACAAGGACGUAUGCAACUCGUUUGAGAAGGCACUGAAGCAAGCCAUCAUCACCUGCCUGCCGGAGAUCAUAAAUUCCAAUCAUGCCGGUGCGCUGCGUUGGUUUACAUUGCUCAUAUCCGGUGCAUCGACCACCGAUUCGCACGGUUCUAUUUCGGAAAAGUGUAUCUCCCUACUGAAGGACGUUGCUAAUGAGAUGCGCAAGCGAAGCAACCCGUACACGGCUCUACUACGGACUCGGUUCGGUUUGUACGGGUCCCCAUUCGAGGCGGAGAUUUUCGACUCGCAACCGCUGACGUCGAAGAACACCAACGUGACGUACACCUGUUCGAUUACGAAAACUACCGGUACCGGUGCGAACAAUCAAUCGAUAGAUCUGCGCUCGGUUUGCAUUGCCGAUGGUUCGGAGUUGAAGUUUCUGCCGUUGCAGUUGAGGCGCCGAGGAAUCGGUAAUCAUUUUAAGGGACUGCUGGAGGUGGAACCGUUGCACUACGUAUGCAGUUCAACGUCAGAUGCUACUCGAUUGGAGAACGUUGAUGCCAGCAACAUCCAGGCGACGAAUAUUAUAGAUGAUUUUCUGAUGGAGAACAGCACCCAGAAUAACAUUGAAACAGUGCCGAACCACAUCAAGAUGGAGGAUAAGGAAAACCUGGACGAUGAUAUGAUGAACAAUGUGAAAAAUAUACUGGUUGAUAAGAUCUUCUAUUCGGCACUGAAGAAGCACAAGAUGAAGGACGACAUCAACGAAGCGAAAAAAAUGGUUGAGGAGAUUGGUGCGCAAAACGAAAAUUUCAAUGAAAUUGAAAGUUGGGGUCCGGCAAACGAACCGAGAAUUGUGUUUGUUGGAGAGAAUGGCAAUGAUUCGUCGAUCAUCUAUGAUAAAUCACAGGCUUCAAUUGCACUGAACAAUAAGAUACAGGAGUUCUUCGAGGACAGCAAUGCAGACGAGCAUGCCAAUGGGCUUCCGUGGCAUAAGUUGUUGAGUACACCGCCGAAGCAGACGAUUGUGGUAGACCGAAUGCAUUCGGGAGCGAUGCGUUACAUUACAUUAGACUUUGGAGCACCGAUUAUGUUGACUGAUCUAAUCAUUCCAGCUUCUUCAGAUUUAGCUUCCCUGUUUAUAGACAUCUGGUGCUUCGAGGAGGAGGCCGAUAGUGUACGCUUAGUUGUUUCGCAAGAUAUUGGAUCUCGAACGUUGGUGCUGAGUGAUCUUCAGCCUCCACCAAUUUGUCGCUACUUGAAAAUAACAAUCACCGGACGGUACGGAAUGUCUGCUACUAGAUGUAGAAUCCCUAUGGGUUCGUUUUACGGCCACAUUGUGAUCCUGGAUCGCGAGGGCUACGGAGAUCCCGUUAUGAAGUAUCUUAAGAAUAAGAAAAGUAAUCUGCCAGCUCAGGUUAAGAUUCUCAAGGCACUGUACGAAGACGUUCACUGUCGGUACUGUUUGUCAAGCAGCAAACUGAUGGAUCUUCUCCAACCCCUAAUCAACAGCGAAUCUUCCAACAUAGCUCAUAUGCAGGCAUUCCUGAAUCGAAUUAAAGAAAACAAUGGAGACUCGGCGGGAACCAGCCAUCCGAGUGCAUCCUUCCAAGACAAUCAUAAGGUGUACUCAGUUUACGAAGAAUGCAUGGCCUUUCAGCAUCAACUGAAUGUCAUCAAGCGAGUUAUUGAUCGUAUCAAGGGACCAUUUCCAGCAGCGGAAAUGCCAAAGCAGCUCAAACCUGGUUCCGAUCUUUCCCCGAUCUACACCGAUAAACUUCGCGUGCUCAGCGAAUGCCUUAUCGAAACCCUGCUGCAUCUCAUCACCACGUACGGAGUUCAAAACGUUACCAAUAUCUAUCCAUACUUCGAUCUGGACACGUGCAAUCUUCUCUUCGACACACUGGUCAUCAACGGGGACACUCACAUUCAGCUGGCCACAUGUUCAAUGCUUGUUCGAAUGUGUUGCUUUCAACCGUGGUGGGGUGAAUUCCUUGCCGAUAAAUUUCUGAAACUGUAUUCAUCUCAAAACAGUCGCAUUUUCCCGCAAGAUCGCGUAUUUUUCCUACUCACCUAUCUGGGUCGGAAAAGUAUCUCAAUGGGAAGUUGUCGAACGAUUGUGAUUGAUGCUAUUUUGAAAAGUUUGGCAACACUGUUGGCACCACUUUCACAGAAUAGUACCAGUGGAUUGAAUAUCUGGUGCAACACUGAUCUGAACCUACUCGGGUGGAUCCUGUUAUUCCUUUCGGUUUGUUUGGACGAUGGAACGGUUGAAGGGAAAAAGGACCAGAGUAACCUUCGGUGGGACUUCAUGUCUGGUGAAACCGAUAUGGUGAAGGCAAGGUUGAACAUGGGCAACGGAGGUUUAAGGACGCUGACCAGAACAUUCAAAAAGCGAUUCUUGCAAAGUAAGCACUCUAGCGCGGGUUUAGGUGGGGGAAGUAGCAACGCAGUGGCCGAGAAAAUGUACACGAUUCAUUCGGAUGCGCUGCAGGGUACCGCCAGCAAGUUGGAAAUGGCACUCAAGCAGCAUGAGAAUCAACUGAAGAAACUACAGAAUAGCAUGAAUUUUGCCAAUUAUUUCAACGAAAUCGCCAAAGUGAAGUCUGCCCGGAAUUCAAACAGCGGCGAAGGAGCGUCGCGAAGUUCGCACUCCGGCGGGAGUGGGUCAAAGGAUAGUUCUGAAGGAAAGGCAAACGAUAACGAAACAGCUUUUGACAAGGGUCUGAAAUCGUUGAAGAUUGGAAACAUAAUCGUAGUUAUACGCGGGCUGAUCGGUUUGAUAUUAAGCAUGGAUUUCACGUGUAAUAUGGACUUGUUUCUGAUAACCUGCAAGAUUAUCGCCCGUUUAGUGCUAGCCUGUAGACCGGUUGUGCAGUUGUCGAAGAUUAUCACGACGAACCAGUUGCUGCAGUUGGUGCGAAUUGCGGUUUGGGAAAAUCAACAGCAACCAUGGGCUGUCCAUGCCAUAACCUGUCUACUGCAGGAUGUGCUCGAGGCAGACAAAAACUACAAGGACGAUGACAAUGAUUCUGGUAACUCAAGUGGGGACGAAGCAUCAGCUUCUGCAGAAUCUAGCUCUUCGGCACGACCACCAGUACCGGAGACGGCUUUCAAACCGGUGAUGCACAACAUACAGGUCACGAAGGAUGUUAGCUAUGCGGAUGCAGUGAAAAAUCAGCUGCCUUCGUUGAUGGAAUGCGAUGAUGCCGAUAUGGAAGAUAUUCUGAUCUUGGAUGAUAUGUUGGAACGCGAGAAGCGAGUCUUCAAAAAGGACGCCGGUACGAGCGUUGCAAGUGGAAGAAAUGGAUUAACGUUCCUGUACAAGACUGUUUCCUCUGCAAUGGAUUCCCGACUAGAAACCGGUUUGGAUACGAACGUGGAAAUCACUCUACGGAGGCUAGCGAUGAAAGCGACCUUCAAUCUGAUCGCUAGUCUUCCCCAGAUGUCAGUUGCGGAUUCACUUAACAAUAGUAACCUCAUCGAGCUUACUGCCUGGCCAGAGACGAUCGUGGAAGCGUGGUCAGGAGUCGAAUAUCAGCAAGGACUGGAGACAAACACCAUGCUGACGGACGUGUUUGACAACAUUCUUUGUGAUCUGCAUCUAGUAGAUUCAUGGUUGAACCUGGAGAAGAUCCUCCAGCUUUGGUUAACACUGAAUGGUGAAACUCUUGAACAGGUCCCGGGGAGUAACGCGCCAGGAUUGAAUGCAUAUUCUUUUCCAAAAAUCCCCUUUGGAGAUCGAGCCGUACACGGACUGCUGAAGGCGUUGGCUUCUCAUCCGAACAUCAAAUUACGAGCGUGGUGUCUAGGUUUCCAGUGUUUGAUACUGGCCUGUAAACCGCACUUCGAGGCGGACUACAUGGACUCGAGCUCUACUAGCAGUGACAAUCAUUUCCGCAAGAUGGGAAUUCUGAUUGUGAGCGAUGACAAUUUUGAGAAAAUGCUGCUACGCUUCUUCUCCGGUGUGGAUCAAUCAGUAUCAUCGCUGGACAGCAAUCGCUAUGCCGGUCCCACCGUGUGCAAGCUGAUUCUGGAGUUGUUCAUCUGGCUGGAACUCAAGUGUAACGUCAAGGAGAAAUUGAAGGAGAUCCUGUUGAAGGUUAUUCUGCAUCUGGUACAAUUUGGUGGUGCUAUAUCCAACCAGCAGGGCCCCAUCGAUGCCCAAAGCCAACUGAUCAAAGAAUUGCUGUCAUUCUCGUACGACAAGAGCGACCUAGGUGUUGCCAUGAGCAUUAUCGAGUGUGUUUCUCAUCUAGUGUAUAAUAACAUCGUAAACGUGGAGAAACUGUACUGCUACCGUGCAUCGGAAACUAGCAAUUCCAACAACAUGUUCGGCACCCGCUUCGGCAGUCUAUUCGCAACCGUUCUCGGCUCGGAGAACGCCCGCCAGUGCAAAACCGUCACGGACAACACCCUGCUGAUUGAUCUGUUGAAACUUGCUUCCAUUCUUGUGAAUACAAAAAAUCCACGUUCGGGCGAGGACAAUAGCACGGCUUUCGAGAACGUACCGUUCAAUGAACUGAACACGUCCAACGAGAGCCAGACGGACGAAAUUAAAGCAGAACAGCAGCACAUUGAACCAAGACCAAAGACACCGUGUUUUGCGGACACGGUUCUCCAGCACACACCAACCAUGACGCGACUGUUGAGCUCUCUGUCACACUGUUCCAACUCGUCGUUUGCAAUGCUGGUAGCAUCUUCGAUGUAUUCGUCUACAAUAAGUGAAUCGAAAAAUACUCUCAGUGAGCCACAAACUGUAGCUGAUGCUGUUUUUCAAUUGCUGCUGUACCUCAGUCGAUCAGCUACGCAGAACAUACUGGUGGUGAAACCUUUAUUCGACUACAUCAAUAAUGCUGCUAGCAUGCGACACGCGAUGCCAAAACUUCAGCUGUCGGAACCGUUCCUGUGGUUCAUUCUGAAAGUUUUGGAAACAUCCUCUUCCGUAGCCAUUUUCACUGAAAUGGGUGGUAUAAAGGUUCUCUGUGAAAGCUUAGUUCGCAGUAACCGAGCACUGAUCAACACUCAACCAAGCCUAGUAUCGAUGAUCAUGCAGCGGCUAUCCAAAUCAUCAAAUCUACAAACUACUCUGUCCAGCUCAUCCAAGAAAAGUACAAUCGUUACACCACGCAACGAAGAUGGUCUCAUCAAUUUCGCCCCGUAUUGCACGAUAUCGUCGGAGAAUCAAACUGCUCAGCCAGCGGAUGUGCUAAUCCAGGCUCCCAUAGCAUCGCACAGACGAGCUCGGAAUCCGGCUUGGAGUUACCUGUUCUAUCCUAAUGAGUCUCAUGUCGAUUUGACGAUUACGUUACCAACUGCUGUUCUGCUUAAAGAGGUUCAACUACAGCCACACCUAUCCACGCUCGCUUCAUGUCCUUCGGCAGUAGCAAUAGAAAUCACUCGGGACAGCAAUCUGGGACCCAUUCCAAUCACGCAACCGAUAUCAACUGUUGGAAUGACUUGUAUUCGAUUAAAGUUUGCUCAACCGGAAAUAGCCACCAGUGUAAUCAUCCGCUUGUAUCGACCCCGCGAUGCUACAAACAUUGGAUUAACACAGAUAUCGGUGCUUGGAACGACAACCUUCAGUGAUGUAAACUACGGAACUACAGCCGGGCCAAGUUGGGCCAGUGGUGCCCCUGCGAUCGGUAUCCCGAAGCCUGGUGGUGAUGGGCUUAACGAGUAUCAUAACGAUGAUGACAAAGUGGCAAAAACUAGCUUGGGGUGGCUUCGCAUCCUUGCCCAGUGUUUCAGCGUUGUGAUCUACGCUUCGGAUCAACAGCUUUCAAAUCGAGUAAUCGUAGCGGCGACAGAAGUUCCCGGAUUUCUUGAAGCUUGCUGUUCACUGUUAAACAUUGCACCGAGCAGUCCAAAUUUUGCCCUGCAAAAUCUGGAAACGGUUCUUCUGAAGCUCGGAUUACACAACCGCGAAUUCGGACUGAAACUAAUCAAUAUUCUUCUGAAAGAGAGCAUUCCACAAACGUUCCAAUUAUGCAAUGACUCGAUAUCGGAUCUUCUGUACCAUCUAUGCACGACUCAAAACGACCACACCCGAGAUCGUUUGGAGGGAAUUCUGUUGUGGGUUCAGCGACUGUUCGAACGAUACCACCAGAACCAAACCCACCGAUUUGUUCUGCACGCAACCAAUCCGUACAGCGGCUUUAUCAAAUGCCUUGCAUCCAUUUUGUGGCAGGUCUAUGCAAUCGAUCUCAUACCAGAUCUUCCGAUCAUGAUAACCAAGGAACUGUUCGAAACACUUUACGACUGGAAUCAAGAGCUCGAGCAUGACGAACCGCUGAAGAAAGCUAUUGAUGCUGUGCUGUGCUCGGUAUGUUGCAUUCGACCGGAAUUGUUUACAAUGCUGCUGAAAAGGAUGGGUGUUCUGGUGCCGAAUCUAUCGACGGAUUUGACGGCAUCGAUUUCGGAUGAUCGCAAAGAUGGUGAAUGCAUAACGGAUGACAUCAAACAGGAAGAAUCGGAUGCAGCAGAGUGGUACAGCCAUUUCGUGAUCGAAGAUCUUUCCCGGCUGAAUUUGUCCAAGUCGCAGUUGACCACAAUUUCGAUGGCCUGUCAAUCGCCACUUGCCGUGCAACAAUUAAUCGAUUCCGGGCUACCGAAUUUGCUUACAUCUGUAAUAUUGGAAUUCUGUCAUCGGGUGCUGAAUAGUAUAAAUCAGCUUCAAAAAAAUAAAUCUUCAUCCGGUAGCUUGGAGCGAGAUAAUCGGGAAGUUUUUGAAGAAGAGCAGGCAGCUGCAACAGCAUCUGUCGGUGGGGCUCCAGGAGAAUCCAGCUCUUGCAUGACCGACGCCGACAAGGAACACCACAAGUACUCAGGUUGCAGCUCCAAGGAGGUAGUCUUCUAUCCAAUGGUCAACAUUCAAAAAGUAACUGAGAUCUUGGAAUUCUUUACGGAAGUAUGCUCCGAGGGGCACAUGAGGGAUUGGUUGGGAUGCUUCGAAGGUUCCAUCUUCUGGGAACCAAUCCUGUUGCUGCUCUGUAACAACAAAUUAGCAAACAUCGCUCCGGAAGUGACGCCUCAGGCAUGUCUCGAUCUGGAAGAAUGCCUUAUAAAGUUCCUUUCCAGAGUUACGUCUUGCCAUCCAAAGAACCAAGAAGUGCUUACUGUGAACCUUAUUUCUGUCAUACGCAAGUCUGAUUCUAGCGCUAGUACGAACAGCAGUGCAGCCAGUCUGAGCAGUGCCAACAAUCGCACUUCAAACGGUGGCAAGUCGUGCAUUUCAGGAUUCACACGUAGGCUAGUGUUACAGAUUCUACUGGAAAGUGAAAAGAUUAUGAUCGCUGUUCGUAGUGAUCUGCCGCUGCAGAGCAAAGAUCACAAUUUGUACAACGUAAGCCAUCAUCCUUCGAAACGACCGAAUAGCCAUUUCCUGCUGUUUUACGUGAGCACUAAUUCCAAGUGUCAGGAUAUUCUGGAUCAUUGCUCAACGGUGUACAAUCAGAUAAUUCCAAAUCUGCCCUCAGAUAGUCGAGUGGGUGAAGUACUGACGGGUUCUUCAAGUGCUAGUCAUGUACCUGGAGGAAGUGACAGCCGGAAAGAACUGUGGGAAAUGGGUCUUGGAAUGGAAUUUCUCAGCGUAGCUGCCGGUGUUACUGCAAAGGACAAGCGACUUAAGGAGGCAAAGAAUCAGGCGACCACCAUGAAGCAAAAGGAUAUCAUGUCAAUGUUCAAAAUGAAAAUCGACGAUCCUAAGCUGACUGUUCCGGAUGGUGUUGCGUUAACUCAUACAACUGUACCGCACGGACUGAUCACGAGCGAUGCAACGAUCUCGCAAAUUUUAGCUAUGUUGAAAUCCGUCGGCAUAUCUUUGUCAACGCCGUGCAUCAAUCUGAAUUUGAUUGAGGCCAAAAACAAACCGGACAUCGAGUUAACCUGCGAUAGCAGUAGUUCAUCAACCGCCUCCCCAUUACUUAAAGCGGCCGAUUUCAUACCGCUUCCCUCGCCCUUACAAAUCUUUUCUAGCCGAGGUGGUCUGUCGCUGCUAGCCCACUUUUUGCCAACGGUGUACCCUGAAUCACCGAAGAACCAACAGCAACUAGGUGAUAAAGACAAAAGUCCGCCGGGGAACGAAUGGGUAAAAGUCGAACAGAACGAGGAAAUAUACGAAGACUUGGAUGACUUCCUCGCAGAGUCUUUGCCGAAAACGCAAGCGAUUUCAGCAGUUCCGCAACAUUCGUUAGCGGCAUUUGCACUGUUCCUUAAGCUCCCUGCCUACUCGGAAGUACUGCUACGAGAUAAGGUUCGGGCGCAGUGCUUGCUUCGGUUGAUCCUCGGCGUAACCGGUGACGGAGAGGGAAACGAGAUCUACAGCUUGGCACUUUCGUCCUCGUUGCCAACACUCCCGUUUGAGGUUUUCCGACAGUUGCUCGACAGCUCUCCGCUGACCACGGACGAUGGAGUGUUGCUCCGGCGAAUGGUGAUCGAGGUCGGGGCCAUUCAUCUCGUAUUGAACUGUCUGAGUAUCUUUACGCACCACAACAGUGGAGGCUCCAGCAGUAAUUCGAACUCUUCUGAUAAUAUUCAAACCGCUACGGCUAGCAAUAAACCAGCAGCACCAGUCGCUAACGGAAAUGGUGCGGAAGAACAACUCAAUUCAGAUGACAAGAGUCAUAUGUAUUGGGCCAAAGGAACUGGAUUUGGGACGGGAUCAACACAACAAUCAUGGAACGUAGAACAGGCACUUUUGCGACAGAAAAGUGAAGAGGAACACGUGACCGUACUGCUGCAGGUGCUAUCAAGCUAUAUCAAUCCUGGUGAUAAGAUUCCAUCUAAUCUAGACAGCGAAGAGCUGAGUUACAGAGAAUGUAGUGAAACGCUUCCGGAGUUACCACCAAUCUUUCUGGAUUUGCUGCAGCAAUCCUGUUUAAUACCUGCCCUUAGUUCAUAUCUGCGGAACGAUUCAGUAUUGGACAUAACGCGGCACAUUCCAUUGUACCGAGCCAUUCUUCAACUUUUGCGAGCUAUUUCCCUCUCGAACCAACUACUGUCGCUUUUGGUGAACAAAAACAACGAGGGCAAGAUCUCUAUCGCAUCGUUGCUGUCCAAUAUGAAAGCUUGCGUUGAUACUUAUGCUAGUCGUCUGAAAGUCAACAAAAAAUCCAAUCUUAAAGGGCAGACACAGAAAAUCACCGUCAGCCUAGACGAUGGCGAUGACGAAGGGCUGGCGCUACUGAUACCGGAUAUCCAGGAAACAUCGCUACUGGUGCAAAGCGCAACUAAUCUGGAAGCUGCCGUAUCUGAAGAAGAACAGAAAGAGUACUUGCCAAGACCGAUAGCUAAAUCUGUGGAGGACAAGUAUCUGGAGUUAAUGAAGGCACUUCAGUUUGACACCUUUGAAAUGAUUGCGGAGACCGACAACGGUUACCGGUUCACCAUUUCACACCACUUCGAAACCAACGUUCGCAUGGCCGGCGAUCGCGGUCACCCUGGUCGAGUGAAGCGGUUAGCACAGGAAACAGUCACUCUUUCAACCAGCUUGCCCCUAUCCUAUAGUAGUUCCGUUUUCGUGCGCUGUGAUACCGAUAGACUAGAUAUAAUGAAAGUAUUAAUCACCGGCCCGGCGGAAACACCGUACGCGAACGGUUGUUUCGAAUUCGACGUGUACUUCCCACCCGACUAUCCCAACUCACCGAUGAUGAUCAACCUGGAGACAACUGGUCGAAACACGGUCCGUUUCAAUCCAAAUUUGUACAACGACGGCAAAGUGUGCUUAUCGGUACUGAACACUUGGCAUGGUCGACCCGAGGAGAAGUGGAACGCGCAUACAUCGAGCUUCCUGCAGGUACUAGUCUCAAUUCAAAGUCUAAUAUUGGUCCCAGAACCAUAUUUCAACGAACCUGGCUUUGAACGGAGCUGGGGCACACCAAGCGGCACACACAGCUCGCGGGAGUACAACAGCAAUAUCUACCAGGCUUGCGUGCGAUACGCAAUGCUCGAACAGCUUAAAAAUCCAUGUCCCUGCUUCAAGGAAGUAAUUCAUACACACUUUUGGUUGAAGCGGAACGAAAUCUGUGCACAAAUUGAAGACUGGAUCGCAGAACUUAGUAAACCGCUGCAGAGUGAGCGCACCGGGCGCACGAUCUCUUUCAAUGCAAUGGUUUUGCGUCGACAGUACCGGCAGUUGCGUGAAGAACUUGCGAAACUGGCUCCUCCCGAUGGGCUGAAUGAGAUCGAUUAUCCCUUCAGUGUAGGCAUGACACCAACCACGCCUUCCGCUCAAAUCGGUGGCAGUGUUACAAAUUCACCGCCAGAAGUGCUGGCUCCUCCGGAGAAGGAUGACGAUACGAUGGACCUCCAAUCGAGCGAGGAAGUCAUCGAGAUGGACGUUCAGUAUGAGGCAGACGAGAUGAUUGUUAAACCGGAUGUGGAUGAAGUAGAUGAGGAGGAAGCGGGAAACAGUGGUAACGACAAAGGGACUAGCAUUCCGGAUGAAGUGCAGGAUGAUAAUCCGGAUUUGUCGCCAGAAGAGAUUGUACUCUCGAUGGUGUGGUAAGUUUCAUCACUUCAGUGUUCGUGUCUUGCAUGUCGUGGUCGUUACGAUCAGGAUUUUCUGCGACCAGUAGCGGAAGACAGAAGAUCCCAAUCCAAAGUUCGUGUGCGCUGCGUGUUUUCGUGUAGUAACAGGUCUAAACUAUGGUAUUUUCGAUGAUUUUUCAGAUUUUAGAAAAUCCAAUCUUGACGCCUCUUCUACUUUUGUGACUAGCUAAAAUGAGGCAAAUGAUUGCAUAUAAAACAGAAGCAAACAAGCCAGGGUAGUUUGAUGCAAUGGCUGAGAGACCGCAUUAGGGAAAUUCAAGUUUAUAAUCUACUAGGGAAGUCACAUAGGAGUAGAAAGAACCCAACAUAUACAGAGAAAGAGCGCUCAGCUUGAUUAUCGAAAAAAAACGAUAUCAAUUGAAUUGAUGAUGUGAAUGCUUAAAAUUUAAAAUGAUAAAGAAAAAUAAAUUGAACACUUAGCCAUACUAAUAAAGCGAGAUAUAAAAAGUUUAUUCCAACUCCGUUUCGUUGACUUCACUUGUAAGGAUAGUAUAUUAUGUUUAUUUAUUUAUUUUAACCCAAGUGUCUAUUACAACAACUCUAAUUAGGUCUCGUAUACUGGACCACAGAGAAGAAACGUCUAAGCUAAAUUAAAAAAAAUCAAAUCACGACCCGCUAUGCCUGUAAAAUGAUAGCCUUGAGGCUGCAAGUUGAUUGGAAUGUUGCUUGUUAUCGCAAAACUUAUUACACACAAUCAAAACAUGACUUUGAUGUUCAGUUCUCUGUGACGGGACGGGUUUCGUUUUGUCAUUCAAAUUCAUGGGAUAUACGAAUCACUCAUUUUCCAUUAUUCUUUUAUCAAUUCGUUAAACACAUGUUUCAACCAACAGAUACGCUUUUCGGAUUAUUUGUGUAGGUACCUAACUUUACGACUUGUUUUUACGACAUUGUUCAGUACACUCCCAGUGGAAUAGAAGCGAGAGCGAUUAUAACAAUAUAGGACUGCGAUGAAAUUGAUUGUGGAAAAAAUACAUGUAGCAGUAAAUCCAAAAAAAAACAUACAAGUAAACUAAAGCCGAAAUUAUACAAAAUAAAAACCAUCUUAUAUGGAUAUUAUUGUAUUGUACUAGUAAUACAGGACAAAAAAAUUGAAUUAAAA